AUGGAUUAUUCCACGAUAAGCAACAAAACAAACUUAACGGAAGUGGAAGAAUUAACGAACGGAGAACUUAGCGAACGGUAUUAUUUGCUUCGAAAACAAUAUGAAAGUUUAUCCAGCAGCUACGAAGCUACUAAACAAGAACUUCAUGAAACUAAACGUAACUAUCAAACUGCUUUAGAUGUUCAAAGCCAUUUAAACGCUGAAUUAGAGAGUUUACAAUCAGAUGAGGAGAAACGCAGAGGUGAACUAAAUUCCCGUAUUUCAUCGCUACAAGAUCAAAUUUCGGAUUUACGUGAAGAGCGUUUAGAAACAGUAGAACGACAUGUAAACGAAGUUAAGGAAUUGGAGUCCGAGAUCAGACGUUUGAAAGAGGAACAUGCAAUUGUCGAUUCCAGAAAAUCACCCGAACGGGAUACUGGAGAGUUGGAUGAAAUUCGUACUGCGUUAUCGUUAGCUACGUCAGAAGCGUCCUCUGUAAAAGCAGCUCUUGAGGAGGCACGUUCAGAAAUUGUAUCUUGGCGUAUAAAAGUUGAAGAAUUAGUGACUGAAGUAGGGGAACUAAGGGUAGCAGCAGAAAUCCGUAGGGAAGAGUUACAAGCUGCUGGGGAACGCGAAGCGACAGCUUUAGCUGAUUUGGCUGAGGCUAGGGCUAUGCUAAAUCAAGUUGACUCCCAAGAUUUACAGCCACAUGCUACUAAAGGCAAUUCCAUAUUUGCUGAGGUGGAGGAUAAGAGACAAGAGAUGGCAAAAAACCUUAUACAGAUGAAGCAGACAAACGCUAGGUUAAGAAGAGAUUUGGCCAACAAACAGGCAGAAGUGGAUGCACUUCUCCAUGAGAAGCAGACAAUAUGGGAGCAACAAGCUGGGGCUUCGGCUCAUUUUGACAAGGAGUUGAUUGAUAGCUACUCGGAGCGCAUCUCGCAGCUGGAGGGCGUGUGCGAGCGGCAGCGGCGCGAGCUGGCGCGCUGGUUCGCCAAGCUGGAGCACGCCGCGCCCGCCUGGCUGCCCGCCGUGCUCGCCCACCUCAAGACUGAAUGUGAACAACUUCGGACAGAAGUGUUAUCAAGAGGAGCAGCCCAGCUAGCUAGUGCUGCACAAGUGCGAGAAUUGCGGAGGAAAAUCGCCCUUCUAACCGCCAACGCGGACAAACAAUUUCCUUCGCCAGUGAAAAACGCCGAUAAAGAAGAAAAUAGCGUGAAGAAUGUUGUAGUCCAAACUAAAAGACCUACUGCAGAUGAUGUUAAGAAAAAAGUGACCUUUAACUGA